AUGCAGGACUCCUCAGCACCAGCCACGCCAUCGGCCCCCAGCCAGACAUCAUCCUCCCCACAGAGCCAGCCCUCCGCUGCAGGCCCAGGUCCAAGCGAAGGCCCCCAGCUCCCCAAGACCUCCUCAACCAUUCCUGCCCCGGCGGUCCCAAAAUCCAAGAACACAGGUGUCCGACGCAUGCGUAGGAUCAUUGCGGAGGAUGAUGAGUGGACGCUGGCCAUCGUGCCCCUCCUCACAGAGCUCUGCAUUCAGCACAUCGUCAAGAACUUCCAGAACAACCCUAUCCUGAAGCAGCUGCUCCCAGAGCACCAGCAGAAAGUCCUGAGCCACCUGUCCCCCGACCUGCCACUGGCCGUGACUGCCAACUUGAUCGAGGAUGAGGGCUAUUGGCGCCGCUGCUGCACGAAGCGCUGGCCCGUGUGCCACGUGGCCAGGCACGGAGGCAGCUGGAAGCGAAUGUUCUUUGAGAGACACCUGGAGAACCUGCUGAAGCACUUUAUCCCCGGCACCACGGACCCCAGAGUGAUUCUCAACCUGCUGCCCCUCUGCAAGAGCUACGUGCACAGGAUCCAUGUGGAUCAGUUCCUGCCACCCGUGCAGCUCCCGCCCCCACCCCGGUUUGGGGACCAGUCCGAGUCGGGCAGUGAGGGAGAGGCAGAGGAACCCGCCACAGACCACUACCAGCUGGGUGACCUGGUGGCUGGCCUGAUCCACCUGGAGGAGCUGGACCUGGUGUAUGGUGUCAAAGACUGUGGUAUGAACUUUGAGUGGAACCUCUUCCUCUUCACCUACCGUGACUGCCACUCCUUAGCAGCCACCAUCAAGGCAUGCCACACCCUCAAGAUCUUCAGGUUGACCAGGAGCCGGGUAGAUGAUGAAAAGUCACGCAUCCUGAUGCGCAGUCUGCUCGACCAUCCAGUCCUCGAGGAACUGGACCUGUCGCACAACCUCAUUGGGGACCGAGGUGCACGGGGCGCCGCCAAGCUGCUGAACCACAGUCGCCUGCGUUUGCUCAACCUGGCCAACAACCAAAUUCGUGCCUCCGGUGCCCAGUCGCUGGCUCACGCCCUGGCACACAACACCAACCUCAUUUCCCUCAACCUACGCCUCAACUGCAUUGAGGAUGAGGGCGGCCAGGCACUUGCCCACGCCUUGCAGAGCAACAAGUGCCUCACCACGUUGCACCUCGGCGGCAAUGAGCUCUCUGAACCCACAGCCACGCUCCUCGCCCAAGUGCUCUCCAUCAACACCACGCUCACCAGCAUCAACCUGUCUUGCAACCACAUCGGGCUGGACGGUGGGAAGCAGCUCCUGGAAGGCAUGUCGGACAAGAAGACCCUCCUGGAGUUUGAUUUGCGCCUGUCUGAGGUAGCUCAGGAGAGCGAGUACCUCAUUGGCCAGGCCCUCCAAGCAAACCGAGAAGCAGCCCGCCAGCGGGUCCUGAAUCCCGGUCACCUCAUGACGCACAUCACUGCCAACGGCCGGGAGAAUUCUGGGGAAUGA